UUUUCCAGAACAAAUUUUGGUCCUGAGAAGUUGAAGUUGUUUUCGGGGUCAUGUUACCUACCACAUCCGGAUAAGGAGGACUAUGGUGGAGAGGAUGCACAUUUUAUUUGCGUAGAUGAACAAACAAUUGGUGUUGCAGAUGGUGUAGGUGGCUGGGCAGAUGUUGGUGUUAAUGCUGGACUGUUUGCUCAAGAACUCAUGUCCCAUUCUGUUAGAGCAGUUGAAGAGGAACCAAAAGGUUCUGUUGAUCCCGCGAGUGUUUUAGAGAAGGCUCACUCAUUUACAAAGGCCAAGGGUUCAUCAACAGCUUGUAUCAUUUCCCUCAGUGAUACGGGACUGCAUGCCAUUAAUUUAGGUGACAGUGGGUUCAUUGUGAUUAGAGAUGGAUGCACCAUUUUCAGGUCCCCUGUUCAACAGCAUGACUUCAAUUUUACGUAUCAACUGGAGAGUGGCAAUGGAUGUGAUCUACCCAGCUCUGGUGAGGUAUGUUGUCACUAAUUUCACACAUGAUUUACUUCUAAGGACAUUACAUUGGCAAUAUGGAAAUUUCCAACAUGGGGCUCUUAUUUGUUGAGGCUGUACCCUCUUACCCGUUUCUGAUAGCAUGCAUGCCAGGGACUUUUUGUUGAGACAGUAUAGUCCAACUCUUACUGUUUCUGACAGGAUGGCUCUGGUGCCAAGAAACAGAGUUUGCAGAACUUUCCUCCAAUCUCUUGUGAUUAAUGUGAACAAACUGAAAGAUUGGCAUUUGAAAUUUCUUUCAUAUCCUAAUUAUAUUUUCUGGUUGAUUUCGUAAAACACGAGGUUUGAUUUUUAAAGGUAAUAAUAAAGAGGGUUUUUAUUUAAUUUUAAAUGAAAAAAAAAUACAAGGAGAGGGGAGUGAAAAUGAAAGGUGUAUCUCAUUUUCAAUAUUCCCUUUUGUAUAUUAAGCACAUUUAAGAUGACUUGGAUGUGAGAUCAGAAAAUGUUACUGAAUUGGAGGGGUCGGGAAUGUCACCUCCCAAGGAAUUUAGAGAAGAAUGAUUUCUGAUUAAUGUUUCCUGGUGCAUUAUACAUCCAUAUAUAGGGAAAGUAAAACAGAAUCAUAACAGAAUGGUAAAGGAAAUAAUCCUAUUGCAAUUUGACAGCUCAUUACGAAGAAUCUUUGAUAGAUUGUAAAAUCUUUAGUGCACGAAGUCCUCCCAAGCAGAGGGAGGUUUGGUACUACGCUUGGGCCUUUUAUUAACAUCCAUUGUAGGCCCAUUCGUUAAUGCUGCAGUUGGGUCUAUGGUUGCUGGACUCCUAUCACUCCCUGGCUCUUGGAAAACUACCUUGUUCUCAAUGUAGUAAGUGGCAGUCAAGUCAGCCUAAUCCUCCCAAGUGGUGUCUUUAGGAGGGAGUCUUGCCCAUUGGACCACGGGGAAGGUCACUAGUAUUUCCCAUUUGGAAUCCAAAAUGGAAAGUGGUUGGAUAAUUAACUUGGGACUAGAAAAGAUAGCAGGAAGGUCCUUAGUAGUGGGAAAGGGUCUAUGAGGUAAUUUGAGUAAGGAAUAGUGGAAAACUGGAUGAAUCUAGGCAAAUUCAAGCAAAACCAAACAACAAGCAACAUGACCAACAACUUUCAUGAUCUCAAAAGGGUCAUAAAAGCAUUUGCUCAACUUUUUUAUAACGGGAUCACAAAAUAGAAACUUGAUGGUAAGGCUACAAUUUUACUUAUAUCAACACAGGCCUUCAUAGUUUGUUAAGCCUUAUGCAAUUUGUAAGUAAGAGAGGCAAGUAAAUCUUCCUAUGAAGAAAGAAGGCAGUCAACAAUUUCAAUGUGGAGGAGCUAGGAAAGUAGAUGGAAAUGAUGGGAGGACAUUUCCCAAAAGUGGCUUUGAAAGGUGUGAUUCUUGUAGCAAAAUGGAGGUGUUAUUGUAUCACCAUUCUGCAAGGCUGAGAAAUUUGAGCCAUUUAGAAGGUUAACUAUUGACAUAAGCACAAAGAUGUAGGUCAAGCUCCCUAACAAGGAUCCCGGUCUUUCCAUCACUUUGAACGUGAUAGGCUGUACUCAUGUGAAGCGGUACAACUCAACCUCAAAAGCUUUUACCUAAAGUGUUGAUAAAGAAAGGGUCUUGAUCAAAAGAUAAGACUUCUUGGGAACCCAUGAAGUUUGCAAACCAUAUCAAUGAAGCUAAGAACAACUUUGUUGUAGUCAUUGAAAUGUGUAGGGAGAGGACAAAAAUGUGCACCU